GAAUUUCUAGAGGAGUAUUACAGAAAAAUAUUGGUAUGGAAAUAUCCAUAUCAACAUUUAUCAGAAUAUCCUCAUCAAUAUAAAUAACAAACAUUUCAAAAAACAGAUGUCACUGAUCCAUUUUCUCUUCAUCACAGAGUAAUUUGUAAUGAAUUCUAGUUUGAAGUGAAAGAACCCUGAGUUAAACAGUACAUGUCUACAAAACAAAUAAAAAAUUGCAACAUUAGUAAACACUUAUUGUAGUUAUCAUUUAUUAUCGCGAGAAAUGCAAUUUAAAUUACACUUCCAUACUGUUUACUCGAAAAACCAUAAAUAUGUAUUAUGCUUUGCAUACUUGAAUAUCAAACUUCGUGCAAAAUUACCAAUAUAAAUUCUCACAAUAUAAUUACACGCAAAAACCAGUUCUGUGACCAGACAGAAGCUAUUAUAAAUAAAAGUUAUUGUACCAGGUUUUUUCAUUCUUUCUCGCAGUUCCAACAAUGGAGCUUCACAUCUUUGUAGUCCUGGCAACUUUAAUGUUCGUUGGAUAUGUUACCGCUUUGAAAUGUGCGCCUAGUGCUUGUAGUACUGUUUUAUGUGCAGCGCCUCCACCAAAUUGUCCGAAGGGGUACAUUCUUAAACCUGGUGGACACUGUUUGUGCUGUAACGUCUGCAAGAAGAUUCUGUAUGAAGGUGGCAACUGUACUUCUGAGAGUCCAAUAGGUGGGGUGAUCUCAGAUAAAGUAGUUUGUGCGGAUGGUUUGAUAUGCAAGGACAACAUCUGCCAGAAAGAAUGUUGAAGGGAGAAAAUAAUACAUACAUAAGUGCGGUCCAGUAACAAUUUAUCAAUUUGAAAGCUCAAAAUAUCAAUAAAAUCAUUUAUUCUCUUAUGUAUAUGGAAAAAUAAAUCUUAUUUAAAUGCUUUA